AAGACGUGGCUCAGACCGCUUCGCCGCCCCCAAAGAGGAAGGAUGCUCCGCAGGGCUUUGCGUGGGCGGCGCCUCUCGCGGGGCUUCUGCUCAGGGGAAAAGCUGCUGAGCCUGGAGCAGCAGGGGGCGCUCUCGAAGCUCACGCUGCGACGGCCCAAGAAGCUGAACUCCUUGUCUCUGCCGAUGAUCAAUCAGCUCAGGCAGGCCUAUUCGCAGCUGAGCGGGCCGAAAGUGAUGCUCCUGGACGGUGAGGGCCGGGCCUUGUGUGCCGGGGGCGAUGUGGCAGAGGUGCGGCAAGGAGUGCUAGAUGGCACCAGCUAUCCCGCGGACUUCUUCUAUGAGGAGUAUGCCCUGGACUAUGAGAUCGCCACCCUCUUCGAGCGUAGCCGCGUCCUGCAAGUGUCGCUUUGGGAUGGCAUCGUCAUGGGUGGAGGUGUCGGGUUGUCCAUCCACAGCCCCAUCCGCAUUGCCACAGAGAAGACCAUGUUCGCGAUGCCGGAGACAGGCAUUGGUCUCUUCCCAGAUGUGGGGGCCACCUGGGCGCUGACAAGGCUAAAGGCGGGCAGCAGCGUGGGCCUGCUGCUGGGCCUCACGGGGCUCCGGUUGGGGCCGGCGGAUGCCCUGCACGCCGGCGUGGCAACCCAUUACUGCCCCUCGGAGAAGUUGCCUUUACUAGCAGAAAAGCUCAGCACCGCGGAGCCAACCAUGGAGACCGUCUCAGCGAUCAUUUCCGAGGUGGCCGCCGGUGCCAAGCCCGACACGGCCAAAGCUCAGUUGGAGGCGAAUGCUGAUGCCAUCAAGCAGUGCUUCGCCGACCCCUCCACGCCAGCAGAGGAGAUCGUGGCGCAGCUGCAGAAGCAGAAGACCGAGUGGUCCAGCUCGGUACUGAAGACCUUGCUCUCCAAAAGCCCACUUUCGGUGAAGGUCUCCCUGGAAGCCUUGCGGCGGCAUCAGGACGUCACGCUCCGCGAGGCCUUCAUCGCAGAGUACCGCCUCGCCCAGUGGUUUAUGCGCCCUCCGCCCGCCAGCGAUUUCUGCGAGGGAAUCCGGGCAGUGCUGGUGGACAAGGACCAAAGCCCCAAGUGGCAGCCCGCCUCUUUGGAAGAGGUGGGCGCGCGGCAAGUGGAGGAAUUCUUUCAGCCUCUGCCCUCCAGCCACCCGCGGGGCGAGCUGAAGAUCUGAGGAUGGCUGACGCGUUAAGAACGUCUAUUUGGGUCUGUCUUGUUUUGGGGGGA